AUGGCGGGGGCCCCCUCCUUCAUUUUGGGGGCCCCCUGGCGGCCUGGGUUUUGCUGCUGGCUGAGGUGUACGUACACCUCAGCGGCCAGGAGGCUCCCUGGACACCCCACAGGCAGCAGGUCUGAGCAGCAGCAGCAGCAGCAGCAGCAGCAGCAGCCGCUGCUGCAGCAGCAGCAGCUGCUGCUGCACCUUCCGCGCCCAUCUGCCCCUACGGAAGGCUUUGUCCUGCAGCAGCAGCAGCAGCAGCAGCAGCAGCAGCGUAGCAGCAGCAGGUGCUGCUGCUGCUCGAGUCCUUGGCUCCAGGGCUCUUCCCGUGCCUUCUCCACAAGGCCCAAACCCGCAGCAGCAGCAGCAGCAGCAGCAGCAGCAGCAACAGCAGCAGCAGCAGCAGCAGCGGGCGGCGCUGCUGCUGCCGCCCGCAGCCCAAAGGCCGCCCUCUCUGGCAGCAGCAGCAGCAGCAGCAGCAGCAGCAGCAGCAGCAGCAGCAGCAGCGGCAGCAGCAGCGGCUUGAAAAAAAGCAGCAGCGGCGCGAAAAAAAGCAGCAGCAGCAGCAGCAGCAGCAGCAGCAGCAGCAGCAGCAGCAGGCGCUCGUUGGAGGAGCGAGCGGGCCUUUUUUUGGCAGCAAAAGUUUCCAAAAUUCGAAACUUUUGCGUCAUCGCUCACGUCGAUCACGGAAAAAGUUUUCUUUCUCGAGUUCUUCUUACUCGUCUGGGAUCGAUCGAUCCCCACGAUCCCAAACGCUUCCUCGACUCCCUAGGCACGCAACGCCCUAGCUAG